AAGAUAAAGUACGGAGCGGAACCGGAACGGCCCGGUUCCGCAAUUGCCAACAGCGACGAUCAAGCUCAAGUCUCGGAAGCCCUCCAUCUUUUCCUAUCUUUGCUCCAACUCUGCACACCAAAGCCUGGACUAAUGGCUAAUUCUUACGACGAGGUAGCCAUAUACCAAUUACCCCACGAGAUUUUCCAUUGUAUCUUCGGUUUCCUAGUUUCUGAGGAUCGUCAUCAACUCGAAGUAAAGAUAUCCAGAAGACCCAUUGCUGCCUUCACAGUUUCGCAGGUCUCGCAGAGAUGGAGGGAUAUAGCUCUUGAGCUCCCUUUUAUUUGGACAAAUAUUCGGAUAUUUCAUUUCCGUGAUUCUCAGCGGAAUAUGGUCAAAGAACUCAUAGCUCGUACCAAGGGCCUUCCCUUGAGCAUCAUAUUGGAAUAUAACCAGCCUUUGACUGCAUCACAGAAGAAGAAUUGCUGGGAUAUCUUACUAGAAAUUAUGUCGUGCGCUUCCCGCUGGGAAGCCUUGCGUAUCGCGGUGAACGAGGACCUCUUUACCCAGAUAUGUGGAAAUUUCGGUGGCCGGCAGGCACCGAUACUACAACGAUUGGAGUUGAUCAUACUCGGCUUUCAUGAACUCCAUGGUCGACAUCACCAACUGCUUGUAUCACCCUUAUACCUUGAACUCAGUCAGACCCACAAACUCAAACAUUUAGCCCUGCUCGGAGUUCGGUUACGGAUGCCGUCCCCGACUUAUAUGGAACAGUUGGAAGUUCUUAGUUUGGAUUAUGCUCCAGGAAUGGACAUGCUGGACAGACCAGGCCUAGACGUUGAGGCACCCCCCCUUCCGACACGUCUGCGUGCUCUCUCUCUUACUGGGAUAGUACUACGCAAUCUACCGACGCGUUCUUAUCUAUCAGAGUACACCGCCCUCCUGACAGUCCUUUCGUUGUCGAACAUAUCUGGCUAUAAUUCAGCUGACGUGGUCCGUCUCUUUCAGCACCUUCCUACAACAACUCUUCAAGAGCUCUCCAUCUCAAAUGUGGAUGUCGCAUUUUGGGAUGGUUUAUUAACUUCCAUGACGGGCGCCGAUCCACGUUAUCCUGCUGUGAAGAGAUUGUCUUUGCAGAAUGUCGAAGUAGGAUAUGUACAAGAAACGGAACUCCCUCCAACACAUUUCAUUUCGGCAUUUCCAAAGCUAGAGGUGCUCGAGCUGUAUAAUGUUCAGCACAUUACAAAUGCCCUCAAAUGGCAUAAGAUGUUCCCUGGUAUCCACACUCUCAGAGUGCGGGGUGUACUCUAUAAAGUUCUUUGUGAUGUGGUUGAUUUUCGUAUCGAACAUGAUGUUCCAUUGACUACACUCGAGGUUGAUACACCUCCAUUUCUAGAUUUGUCGUCCUUGUCGUGGCUUCAACGAAAAGUGCCAAUAUUCAAAAGAAACUCAAAAGAAAACGCAUACUGAAGUAAAUUCUUGUUUGUACAACGUAUGUUAUAACAACGGUAAAUGUAGAAAUACGUCCACAUAACUUGUAAGGCAUAGGCAUAGGUUUUUUGUGUACACAUAAUGUGUGGUGAAAAAAGAUAGGAUGCAGACAUACGUGCAU